AUGGCGGUUGGAAAGAACAAGCGUCUCUCUAAGGGAAAGAAGGGUAUCAAGAAAAAGGUCGUCGACCCCUUCACCCGCAAGGACUGGUACGACAUCAAGGCCCCCUCCUACUUUGAGAACCGCAAUGUUGGCAAGACCCUCGUCAACCGCUCCCAGGGUCUGAAGAACGCCAACGACUCGCUCAAGGGCCGUGUUCUUGAGGUUUCGCUCGCCGACCUCAACAACGACCAGGAGCAGUCUUUCCGCAAGAUCCAGCUGAAGGUUGAGGACGUCUCGGGCAAGAACUGCCUGACCUCUUUCUACGGCAUGGACUUCACCACCGACAAGCUCCGCUCGCUCGUCCGCAAGUGGCAGACGCUCGUUGAGGCCCACGUCGACGUCAAGACCACUGACGGCUACAUCCUCCGCCUCUUCGCCAUUGGCUUCACGCAGCGCAACCGCAACCAGGUCAAGAAGACGACCUACGCCCAGUCGUCGCAGGUCCGUGCCAUCCACGCCAAGAUGACCGAGAUCAUGCGCCGCGAGGGUGAGGCUUCGGACCUCAAGGAGCUUGUCCAGAAGUUCGUCCCCGAGUCGAUUGGCCGCGAGAUCGAGAAGGCCUGCAAGGGCAUCUACCCCCUCCACAACGUCUACGUCCGCAAGGUCAAGAUCGUCAAGGCCCCCAAGCUUGACAUGUCCAAGCUCCUUGAGAUGCACGGUGAGGCCGCCGCCCAGCCCGGCUCCAAGGUCUCCAAGGGCGGUGACUUUGUUGAGCCCGCCCCCCUCGCUUCCGUCUAA